GAUCACUCGGGGUCCUCACGGUAUUGAAAAGUUCAGGGUGAAAUAUGGAGGUUUCAACAAGCUCCUCACUCGCCGAGAAGUUAUCGGCAGCUUUAAAAAACGAUAGCGACUUGAUUAAGGAAUGUCAAGAUAUAGCCUCAGACAUCGAAUAUGGAAAAUUGAAGCUUUUGAAUUUCGUUGAGGAACUCGCUCCGUUUCUCACUGACAAAAAUGUUACUUCGAGGGCUCAGGGAACGCUUGCGUUGUCAACAACGCUUAAGCACUUGUCGAAAGAUUUUUUAAACGAAAAUGAGUUACAUUUUAUCACAACCUUUUAUUGUGAUCGGAUGAAGGAUCAGCAUGAAGUUAUUCCAUCCGUUUUACAGGGUAUCCUGACCAUCGUUCAAAUGAGUCGUUUACCCCAAGAUUCACCUCCUAGGUUGUUGAAUGUCAUGUUUCAGCAUGUACAUUGUCAGUCACAACUGCAGCCUAUUCGGAAGUUGAUAUAUUUGAUAUUCCAAAGUCUCUUACAAAACAGAAUAGAUGACUUGCGUUCCAUGGGGCCUGAUUUUAUAUAUGGAGUAAUUUCAUCUAUAGACGGUGAACGAGAUCCAAGAAAUUUGAUGCUAUUAUUCGAUAUGCUCCCAAAUUUUAUUCAAGAAUUUCCAUUGGGCCAUUUGACGGAGGAAAUGUUUGACGUUAUUGCUUGCUAUUUCCCAGUUGAUUUCAAUUCCUCUGCGUCAGAAGCUCAAACAGUUACUCGUGAUGAUUUGGCGUACGCCCUAGCACCUUGCCUUUAUGCCUGUCCAGAAUUUGCCGAAUUUUGUAUACCUCUCAUAAUCGAGAGAUUAGACUCAAGCUUAAGACUAGCAAAACUAGAUUCAUUGUAUCUUCUACGCAAAGGUUCUUCUACCUACGGAGCCUCAGGACUACGAUCACACCUUGAUGAAUUGUGGCCAAUUUUACGAAAAGAAGUCUUCCCAGGCGGGGACACUGAGAUGAGGAAUGCUGGAUUAGAAACCAUAACCGACUUAGUUAAAGUGUUGUCCACAGAUGAUACAUUACGAGUCAGUUUCAUCGAAAAAGUUAUCACAGACACAAAAUCAUCACUGUGUGACGUUCAAUUGAGUCUUUAUUGGCCGGCUGAAAAAUUGUUGGAAGCAGUUGCUAAGGCAGAUAAAUUAGCUUGUGCCCAAGUUUUGAAAACCUUUAUACCAUUGUGCCUUGGUCAAUAUUCAACGAAGACUUCUUACUCGGAUAGAGUUACUUUAACAGAAAGUUUGAAUAACUUGAUGGCAAUAUGCGAAGAGCAGAGAUUUAUAAUAAAUAGUGUGCCCGAACUUGCUUGGACAGAUAUACCAACAUUGUACUUGAAUGCUUUAAAUACUGAUAAUAUUGAGUUAAAAUUAAAGACUCUCUCUGGAUUGACAAUACUGAAGUCGUCGUUGAAUGACGUAGCCAGGAAAGUUCUCUAUGAGAAAAUUUGUGUGGCAGUAGAUGAUGGAAAUAAUGAACUAAAGAAUACAUGCCACAUAUGUCUCUCAACUUUUGCUAAAAUUUAUCCAGACGAAAUUCUGGGUAUCGUUAUGAACCAACUAGCUAUCAACGACUCAAACAUGGAUAACACAGUUUUUACCCACCGAUUGCAAGCCUUAUGUGCUGUAGCAAAAAUACCAGAAUUGGGUCUGCAAAUUUUACCUAAUGUAGUAGUGGUGGCUACGUCUAACAAAUUAGAAAAGAGUAUCCCAGCAUUGUCUUGUUUGCGAAAACUUGUAGCUGGGAGAAGUGAUACUUUCAGUAUACCAAAUUUUUUGUAUAAAAAUUGUAAUAUUGUUGAGUUAUUGGUGUCAGCAGAUACAAGUGGCUGCUCCACACAGAAAUUAAAUUUAAUUGCUUCAAUUUGUCGAUCUAUAGUGAGGAAAUUGGAUGUGAAGGAUCAACAACAAAUUGUAAAUAAAUACGUUUCGAUUCUUAGUGAAAAACUUUCCGAAAGCAAUGUGAUUGUAUUGGAAGGACUUUUAACACCAUUGCAAAGAAAUGUUGACAUUGCAAAUAAGGUCAACUUGUUGAAAAAUCUAUUACACCUUGCAAUCAACAGCGUCAAUUCAAGUUCUAAACAAGUAUCAAGUAAAUUGAUAUCAGUAUUGAUAAAUAAACAAAACGAAGACAAAAAUUUCCUAAUAGUUUUAAAUAUGCUGCGGGACUGUAUCAAAAGCAUUUUGGAACACGGUUCGAAUACCGAGCUUAAAGAAUCAGCCAUCACAUUGAAUACCUGGCUAACAAAAGCUUUGGUUGUCAAAGGAAGCCAAAAUUCUCAAGAGUAUCUCGAUUUUCACAUAAAUUUGUUGAAGGACUUGGAAAUGGGACAUAGUGUUGCGAACGGUUUUAAAACUCUAUCUGAUAGGUUUGAGGAUACUGUGACUGAGGAGAACUUCUGCAAUGUUAAAUUAUUCUACAAACAGAGGAUAUUUCAAAAUAUCAUUCAAAAAAACAAGGACUUUGAUGCACAAUCAAGACAAAAUUACCUAAUGGCUCUAACACAUUUAAUCGAACAAGUUCCAAUGGAGUUAUUACUCAUGCAUUUAGAGCCGCUCAUCCCACUGCUAAUUGAAUCCAUCGCACUAGACAACUCAGAGCUAAUACUGUCGACACUAGUGACCUUGAAAGUUCUGCUUGACACAAGACACAAGAUCUUUCAUGAGCAAGCACAACACUUUAUUCCCAAAUUCCUGAGUUUGACGAUACGUAGGGAAAUGAAAGUCAGAACCGCUGCAUUGGAAUGCUUGUUGCGUUAUGCGCAUUAUCCGACUGUCUUGAUUCUUCCUUUUAAAACGGAUGUCUUGGAGCGAUUAGCUGUAGCGAUCGACGAUCGAAAACGUUUGGUCAGAUCAGUUGCUGUGAAAGCAAGAACUCGCUGGUAUCUUGUCGGGGCGCCAGGAGAACCGAAAUAAUCUUAACUGAGACGAAAUAGCUGAACUUUCAAUUAAUGAUUUUAGUUUCAUUUACAGAAAUGAAUUUAAGAAAAGAAAAUUGAACUCUGCCUGAAUAGUCUAGGUAGAAUGCAAUAAAAAUUGCUUUUUCAGGUGAAUUUUCACUGCGGACCUUUACUUCGAUCGCUGGUGCCAAUAUGUCAUUUCAGACACUGACUGCCGUUACUGUCUUUUAUUUUUGGUAAAUCCUGUCGAUAUUGGUCUGUACUAUAGUAUCCAAUGUUACCUUCGAUUGUCCUUCAGUUCGCAAGGCACAAGCGAGAGACCUAUCACAUAAUAAUUUUUAUUUAUUUUAAAAACCGCAAAUCAAAGUGAUUCUCUGUUGCAUAUUUAACUGGACUACUUUAAAUUUGAAGUAUUGUUGAAACGUCCAGAAGUUUUUAAUAAUAAAAAAGUGUUGAUACUGUCUUAUUUUUAAACAUCAAGGUUGUACAGAAUGUUGAAGAGAACUUGAUGGCAGUAGGUACUUGCUAAAGUUAUGGAAUAUGUGCACUUGUCGAAUUCACAAAUAUCCUAUUAAGUGUACGUAUGUAAAUAAAUGAUGUGAUUUCUGAAAAUU